AUGUCGUUAAUUACCAGCGCCUCAACACUCCUUCAAAUUUACACCUGGUUUUUUGAAAUUCCCGCCCUAAUUUUAAAUAUUUUGCUCAUUUUUUGUAUCCAUCGAGAGAAACGAACCGAUAAUCGUUUUCGAAAAUUCAAUUGCAUUUUUCUAUACUUCGUCUACAGUACCACUUGCCUUACUGUACUUUUUCCACUUCUACAUCCGACUCUUAUACCGGCUAGGGAUCUGAUUUAUAUCGUUUUUAUUGGGCCGAUGGCUGAUAUUUUUUCAAUACCAAUGCUCAAAUUUUUGUAUUGUUUAUUGACAUUCUGUUACCCACUCUUAAUGCUGAAACUUCCCUAUUUUCUAUUUUUCAUUGUCUGUAUAAUUGCUCAUCGUUUCUACAUGAAAUCCAUUCGACACAUUUCCAAUGACUGCAUAGAUUUGGGUUAUAAUUAUACAUGUAAUAUCAAUCGAGCAUUUUUAUCAAUUUCUUUUCAAAUUUUCAUUUUCAUCGCUUUGCCUUUUUUAAUUUUAGAUUUCACUAUUUUUAUUCGAUGGGAAUUGGGUGUUAGAGCAUUGCCAGUCACUUUUGGAUGCAUUUGUACAUGUUUAACAACUUCUAUCACACUUUUUGUACAUUUCAGAAAAAAUUCAAUUUCAAAAAAUUCCCAAUGUCCAGAUGUCCAACUUUUUUUUUCUAAAAAUGUAUCAAUUCCCUUUUCCAGACGCCAAGUCGGCUACCUCUUCAUCGCAUUGCUCCGCCAAAACAAUGGAAAUUUCCCAAUUUUCAUCUCAAAUCAAAAUCACCAAUCCACCCAUUUCCAAUUGUCUGUAAUGGCUUAA